AUGGAGCGCAGAAAGGUUGCAUCUUCGCCCGAAAACUAUACCCGAGCAAUUAUUUCGCUUUCGAGGAGAUAUUCAAGCACCUCAGUCUUCCCAGGAAACAAUUUCGUCGACAUUGGAGAAUGGAUGCUACAAGACCGAAGUCUCCUCCAUUCAGCAGCAAAUCCAAGGGAUGACGCCACUCUAUUCGCCUCCAAGUCCGAAGAGCCCCAUGAUCUAGUCAUCGUAUACAACAGUGGGGAAAGGAAAUGGGAUAUGCAACAGUAUAGUCAGCACGAACAUGAAGCCUUUUCCGCGGUCACAUCCAUUCCGCCGGGAGGCGCAGGGCAAAUAGUCUUUAUUCGUGGCUUUAUAUCACCAUCAUGGGUGUCAGCAAUUGGCAGCAAAUAUAGCAUCGACCCGGAGUUCUUUAGGCGGCACAUGGAUUUUCUGUCCGCGAGUAUUGACAGACAUGCGUAUAGUACUCCAUCGCUUCCUAGUUCUUCGAAAAACCUGUUUCGACUUUGUGUCAACACACUUCUUCAUCGCGACGAUUUCGGUGGACAGGAUCUCCAGUCACAGCGCUCAGAGCAAUCUACCGAACUAGCAACGUACAAGAUACAACAACUUGGUUCUACUCGAGUGUGCUGUGGAGAUUCUUUGGUGCGAGAGUACUCCACUGUUUGUUCUUCAUUCUCUGUGAUUGAGCAAUGGAUCUCUCUCUGUAUCACCAAAACCGAAAGCGGGUGGACUGUUAUUGCCUGGAUGGACCAAGGUAGACCCUUGGAAAAAUCCCCUCCCGGCCCAUGGACAAGUCACAUCGAGUCGAAAGCUACGCCUCUUCCCGUCCUUCAACAUCAUCCUAAGAUGGCAUUUCGAACGACCACAAAUCGUCUGGAUCCAGAUGCAAAUGUUUCAGCACAGAUUCAGCAAAGUACAUCUAUUCUACCCCUACAAUACGAUUCGUUGAUCGCGCUUGUCGAUUUAGCCCGCCGUGCCCCUCAAGAUCCGCUUUCUAUGUGCAUUCCGUUAUUUUCGCACGCCGCCUUUUCCGAAGUUCAAUUUUUGAAUCUUAUCGAGUCGAGAAUACAAAUUCAGAUAAAUACCAUUGUUGAAGGUGUUUCGACCGAUGCGCUGGGAACUCUUCAAUAUUUUUCCAACAUUCUCAAUCGACAUGCACAGCAGUUGAAAGAUAGUACUCUUGUACUUAACAAGUUGGCCGAAAGAAGUAACCAGAUAUUUGGCAGAGCUAGAGCAGAAAGUCCGCUGCCACCAAGUCUUGGAGUUGGCACACGGCGGCAGGCAUCAGACCCAGAGACAGUCAGAAAUUUUGGAUCUAGUAGUUCCGACGGCACCUUCACAACAAAGGGUGUUUUAGAAGACUAUGAGGAACUUCGUAUUCGUUGCAUUGAAUUGUCCAAUCUUUGCACCAGCGGCAUAACUCUGGCAAUGAACAAAGCUACGAUUGAGGAAUCUCGAAAAGCUAUUGAGCAGUCGGAGCGUGUCAAGAAGCUUACUAUUCUUGCCACGCUUUUUAUCCCUCUCAAUUUCAGUUCCAGUCUAUUUGGUAUGAAUAUUGAUCUGCUCCAGCAGAAUGCGGUGAGAUUUUGGUGGUUUUUUGUCUUGUGUGCCCCGAUUACGCUUUUUGCCUAUAUUUUUUAUCUCUGGGAUUACCAGUUCCUGAGACGAUGCUGGACGAGGCUCUGGAAAGGUCUUUUGUAUCAUAGGAAAGGAAGUGCUGCUGGGGGAAGCGACAAAGAUCCAAGCCAUACAGUGUAA